CGCCUUGCACGCCCUCGUGCACGCUCUUUUCAUCCCCCGCUUCUAUAAAAUCGCUUCUUUCUGCCUUGUUCUCUCCCCGUGAACUCAUGAUCGUCAGAGAAGAAAGGAUCGAAAGGCUGCGGUCUUGGACUCUCUUUGAUGGUAUGUCAGCUUCUUUCUCGCGCUCUCCUUUGUUUCGAAUGCCUUGGGAUGCUGGAUUCCUCCUCAGGCCCAUCUUUAUUCAUGGGUGGUUCUCUGUUUCUUGCCACCUCGGCCUCCUGCUAGUCCUGGCCUGGGUCUGGCUCUGUCGGAGGCGCAAGAGUGGAGCCUCUAGUAAGGAGAGAGUAGAGAACAAUCGGUUUUCGUAUUCAAAAUUAGUCCUUUGGACCUCCCUGUGUCUGGGCCUGCUUGAUCUCUUCCUCUGUCUUUUUAACUACUUCUGGAAUCAGGAUGGAUUCUGGUCUGGCGACCGGCUUGCCGUGCAGUUGGACUUGUCUACCAGAGUCGUUGCAUGGUUCGCCAUCUCCGCUUACCUGCACUUCGAGUUCUUCCCUUCAAGGGAGAAGAAAUUUCCCUCCUUUCUUAGGAUUUGGUGGGUUCUGUUCUUCUUGAUAUCAUGCUCUAGUCUUGUCGUAGACUUUCUAUAUUUCAAAAAUCAUGGAAUUCUUCAGCCCCAUCUGUGGGGGCUGGAUUUUGGAUCACUAUUUUGCGGUCUGUUUCUUGGCUGUGCUGGGCUCGUCGGGAAGAGGACUCUCGAAGAGAGUCCUCUUCUUCAGGAGCCUCUAUUGAGUGCUGCUAGUGUCAAUGAGUCACCCAAUACCAGUUGCACCGGCGAUGUCUCCCUUUUUGCAAAUGCCGGUCUUCUCAGCAUCCUUACCUUCUCUUGGAUGGGUCCUUUGCUCUCCGUUGGUCAUAAGAAGACGUUGGACCUCAAAGAUGUUCCACAGUUAGCUGAUACUGAUAGUGUCAGUGGCGUCUUCCCCAUUUUCAAAAGUAAGCUCGAGUCAUACACUGGUGGUGAUGGCAAUAGCAGCAGCAAGGAAGGGAGUGGAAGUGGUAGCGGUGGAAUUACCGCAGCUAGAUUAGCAGCGGCAAUAGUAUUCUCUGUCUGGGGGCAAGUCCUGUUGACGGCGUUGUAUGCGCUCGUGUACACGGUUGCCUCGUACGUGGGUCCCUACCUCAUCGAUUUCUUUGUUCAGUACCUCAAUGGGAGUCGGGAGUUCGCACAUGAAGGAUAUCUUUUGGUGUUGGUAUUCAUCGUGGCAAAGCUUCUCGAGUGCCUCUCACAGAGGCAUUGGUUUUUCAGAUUGCAACAGGCCGGGAUCAGGGUCCGGGCUUCACUUAUUGCUAUGAUCUACCAAAAGGGUCUCACUCUGUCGAGUCACUCGAGACAGAGCAGAAGUAGUGGCGAGAUCAUCAACUUAAUGAGUGUCGAUGCCGACAGAGUGGGGCUCUACAGCUGGUACAUGCAUGAUCUGUGGAUGGUCGUUUUGCAAGUCACGCUGGCCUUGUUGAUCUUGUAUUCUUGUCUGGGGCUUGCUUCACUUGCCGCUUUAGCAGCCACCUUUGUUGUAAUGUUAGGCAAUGUUCCACUGGGGAAGGUGCAAGAGAAGUACCAGGAGAAGAUGAUGGAGUCGAAAGACAUCAGGAUGAAAGCUACUUCGGAGAUCUUGAGAAAUAUUAGAAUUCUCAAGCUUCAAGGCUGGGAGAUGAAGUUCUUAUCCAAAAUAAUCGAGUUAAGGAAAACCGAGACGAAUUGGUUGAAGAAAUAUGUUUAUGCAUUUGCCAUAACAACAUUUGUCUUCUGGGGUUCGCCUACUUUUGUCGCGGUGGUCACCUUUGGAGCUUGCAUGUUUAUGGGGAUACCAUUAGAAUCAGGAAAAAUUCUGUCCGCGCUUGCAACAUUUAGAGUGUUGCAAGAGCCGAUCUAUAGUCUACCAGACACGAUCUCAAUGACCAUUCAGACCAAAGUCUCCCUUGAUAGAAUUUCUUCAUUUCUCUGCCUUGAGGACUUGCAGCCUGAUAUAGUACAGAGACUUCCAAGAGGCAGCUCUGAGAUUGCGAUUGAAGUAAGCAAUGGAAGUUUCUCGUGGGAUCUCUCUUCUGAAAUUCCCACUUUGAAAGAUUUGAAUUUUCAAGUCUUGCAAGGGAUGAGGGUCGCUGUUUGUGGAACUGUUGGUUCUGGUAAAUCGAGCUUGCUGUCCUGCAUAUUAGGUGAGGUUCCAAAGAUAUCUGGAACUGUUAAAUUGUGUGGGACGACGGCAUAUGUCUCCCAAUCACCUUGGAUACAGAGCGGUAAGAUUCAAGAAAACAUACUGUUUGGCAAGGAAAUGGAUGUUGAGAAGUACGACAAAGUCCUCGAAGCAUGCUCCUUGAAGAAGGACUUGGAGAUUCUUCCCUUUGGAGACCAGACUGUCAUUGGAGAGAGAGGCAUCAAUUUGAGUGGCGGGCAGAAGCAAAGGGUGCAACUUGCUCGUGCUUUAUACCAAGAUGCUGACAUUUAUUUGUUGGAUGAUCCAUUCAGCGCUGUUGAUGCCCACACAGGAUCACAUCUCUUUAAGGAGUGUUUGCUAGGGGCUUUAGCUUCCAAAACAGUUGUCUAUGUCACACAUCAGGUGGAAUUUCUACCUUCUGCUGAUCUUAUCCUGGUUAUGAAAGAUGGAGAAAUUGCACAAGGGGGAAAAUAUAAUGACAUACUAAACUCAGGAACCGAGUUUAUGGAAUUGGUUGGUGCUCAUAAGGAUGCUUUAGCAGCACUUGAGUCAAUGGACCUUGCUAGUAAUAGUUCGAGUGGCACCAUAGAAGGUCGUUCUCAUGACACUGAAAGCAGCACACAGGGUGCUCAUAAAGUAGAGCAGAAAGAUGCACAGAAUGGUAAACCAGAUGAAGUUGGUAGUAAGAAGGGACAACUUGUUCAAGAAGAAGAGAGGGAGAAAGGCAGAGUUGGGUUUUGGGUCUACUGGAGGUACAUCACGAUGGCAUACAAAGGAGCUCUUGUGCCACUGAUAUUGCUGGCACAAAUUCUUUUUCAAAUCCUUCAGAUUGGUAGCAAUUACUGGAUGGCUUGGGCGGCUCCUGCGUCAAAAGAUGAAGAACCUCAUGUGAAUAGCGCAAUGCUUAUCUACGUCUACAUUGCAUUGGCUCUUGGGAGUGCGUUCUGUAUCCUUAUUAGAUCUCUAUUUCUCGUAACAGCUGGGUAUAAGACAGCAACACUGCUGUUCGACAAGAUGCAUAUGUGCAUAUUCCGUGCUCCGAUGUCAUUCUUUGAUUCAACUCCAACCGGGCGCAUUUUAAACAGAGCAUCGACUGAUCAAAAUGAAGUAGAUACAAGUAUUCCUUUCCAAACUGGUUCCUUUGCAUUCACAAUUAUCCAGCUCUUGGGGAUCAUUGCAGUCAUGUCACAGGUUGCAUGGCAAGUUUUUAUAGUCUUUAUUCCAGUGAUUGCAGCUUGCAUUUGGUAUCAGCAAUAUUACAUUGAUACUGCACGGGAACUAGCAAGAUUGGUUGGGGUGUGCAAAGCUCCCAUCAUACAACAUUUUGCUGAAUCCAUGUCAGGAUCAAUGACAAUUAGAAGUUUUGGCCAUGAAUCAAGAUUUGUAGGUGCUAACUUUCAUCUGAAUGAUGAUUACUCUCGACCCAAGUUUCAUAAUGCUGGUGCAAUGGACUGGCUCUGCUUUCGUUUGGAUAUGUUAUCAUCACUUACUUUUGCCUUCUCAUUAGUAUUUUUGAUUUCCAUGCCAAAAGGUGUAAUCGAUCCAGGCAUUGCUGGCCUUGCAGUGACAUAUGGGCUUAAUCUGAAUAUGCUACAAGCCUGGGUCAUAUGGAAUCUCUGCAAUCUCGAGAACAAAAUCAUAUCUGUAGAGAGGAUUCUGCAAUAUACGAGCAUUCCUAGUGAACCACCUCUUACUAUUGAAGCAAAAAGACUAAAUUGUGAGUGGCCAUCGAAGGGAGAAGUAGACCUAUGUGACCUGCAGGUUCGCUAUGCCCCACACAUGCCUUUUGUGUUAAGGGGUCUCACAUGCACAUUCCCUGGUGGAAUGAAGACUGGUAUUGUCGGAAGAACUGGCAGUGGAAAAUCUACCCUAAUACAGACGCUCUUCCGCAUCAUUGAUCCUACUGUUGGUCAGAUAUUUAUAGAUGGCAUUGACAUUUCAACAAUCGGACUGCAUGACUUAAGAUCCAGAUUAAGCAUUAUCCCUCAAGACCCAACUAUGUUUGAAGGAACCGUGCGUAGCAACCUUGACCCUCUUGAAGAGUACACAGAUGAACAAAUAUGGGAGGCCUUGGACUGCUGUCAGCUUGGAGAAGAAGUUAGGAAGAAAGAAUUAAAGCUCAGUUCCACAGUCACUGAAAAUGGUGAGAACUGGAGUGUUGGUCAGCGUCAGCUUGUCUGUUUAGGCCGGGUGAUUUUGAAAAAAAGCAAGGUCUUGGUCCUUGAUGAAGCGACUGCUUCAGUGGAUACUGCAACUGAUAGCCUAAUUCAGAAAACCCUGCGGCAGCAGUUUUUGGAAUCCACAGUCAUAACAAUAGCGCAUCGGAUAACAUCUGUUCUUGAUAGUGAUUUUGUCUUGCUUCUCGAUAAUGGAGUCAUUGUGGAACAUGAUACUCCAACUCGAUUAUUAGAAAACAAGUCAUCUUUAUUUGCAAAUCUUGUUUCUGAAUAUACCAUGAGGUCAGGUUCAAGUUUUGAUGGACUGAACAAUCAAUGAAUAGGAGAUUAUGGUCAGUCUAAUUUCAUUGAGAUAACAUACCUCGGAUGAUGCCGAAAAAUGACUGGAAGAUGACUGUGUAAGGGUUCUGCUUCAUAAUUGUGAGCAUGGAUGUGCUAUUCUGAGCCAACAUAUAUCAAGCGGAGGCUGGUAAAACGUUCUGAAAGUUUAUAAAUUCUUGAAGAUGCUCUAACACAAGUUGCAAUGGUGAAGUGUAAGUGUUGUUGUCGCAGCUUUUUCAUUUGGAUAGAUGUCAGAGUUACCCUGGAAUAUUUUGUGCAUUUGUUUGUAACUUUAUGAGUGAGUUUAUAAUAUUGGAAACAGUGUAAGCACUAUUAUUUUCUAAAGACAAUAUUAUAAUCUUUUAUUACCUUUUCA